AUGAGUACAAACAUGCACAGACAAAGCUCAUCGAGCAGUGGCUCCCCAGGAAAAAACUCUCAACAAUUAUUUAAAAAGGCCACCUCGCAUGAUCAUCAUACACUUACUUCGAGUCAACAAGAAAUGCUCCAUCGCAGCACGAGCGGAAAGACUGCUACUCAGGACAUAUUCUCUCUUGCCGUUGAAGAUCUUACAGAGCUUCAUCAAACCAAAAAUCUCAAGGCCAUUAAUGAGCUCGGUGGCUUUGCAGGUCUUGCUAAAAUUCUUCGGACAGAUCUCAAGAAGGGAAUUGAUUGGGAGAAGGAGGUGAAUUUUGAGGAAAGGUCUGCCCUCUAUGGAUUGAACAUUUAUCCAGAGCCACCUGCAAGAAAAAUCUGGAAAAUAUUUAUUGACUCACUGAACGAUACGACUCUCUUAAUUUUACUCUUCUUUUCUUUCAUUUCCAUGGUUUUAGGUGUGGCGUUUCCAGAUACCGAAGAUGAAAGACCCAUUGGUUGGAUUGAAGGUUUUGCCAUUUUCCUUGCUGUUGCCAUUGUCAGUAUCGUGGUCACAGUGAAUGACUACUCCAAAGAACGAAAAUUUAGAUCUCUCACAAGAGAAUCAAAGAAAGUAGAGGUAAAGGUUAUUCGAAGCGGCCUCAAUCACAGUGUUCUUAUUGACACCAUUCAAGUGGGAGACAUUGUUGAAAUUGAACAAGGUGACGGCAUUCCAGCAGAUGGUUUGUGCAUUGAGUCAAAUCAGCUCAAAACAGACGAAUCGGUCAUGACUGGAGAGCCUGACUUGAUUAAGAAGAACACUACAGAGAGUCCAUUCUUAUUGAGUGGCUGUACGGUGGCUGAGGGCUCAGGAAAAAUGCUAAUCACAUGCGUAGGCGUUCAGAGCGAAUGGGGACGCACUUUGCAAAGUUUAAAGGAGGCAGAUGAAGAUAAGGGAUCCACUCCUCUUGAGGAGAAGCUUGAUAAGCUCUCUGUGAACAUUGGUAAAAUGGGUAUGGGCUUUGCAUUGAUGACACUUCUCGUUCUCAUUUUGGGAUAUUGGAUUAAAAAGCUCAUCCAUACCAUGGAAUGGAUACCUCCUGCAGCUGCAUUCAAAGAGUCAUGGCAAGAACAAAACGUUGUUGAAGUGGUUAAAUUCUUUGUUGUUGCCCUCACCAUUGUCGUUGUAGCAGUUCCUGAAGGUCUUCCACUUGCAGUAACAAUUGCAUUGGCGUACUCGGUACGUAAGAUGAUGAAAGAUCAGAAUUUGGUUCGUCACUUGGCAGCAUGUGAAACCAUGGGUGGUGCCAACAAUAUUUGCUCUGAUAAGACUGGUACGCUCACUUUGAAUCAAAUGCGAGUUACUCACGCUUAUUUUGGUGGAAGGUACUUUGGAGAUCAACUCUCCUCUCUCCUCUCUACCCUAAGCUCGAGUGCCCUUCAAAUUUUGAUUGAUGGCGUUGUUGCCAACUCUAAGGCCAAUCUCGUUCGAAAUGAUGACAACAAAACUAAAGAGUUUGCAACUCAAGGAAGUAAGACAGAGGCUGCUUUGUUGCUCCUGCUUGUGAAACAUCUCAACCAAACCAUUGAUUCCUAUAGAGAGAGACGUCAUGAUUUAUUGAGCGAAGAGAGAGGUUGUCAUUUGCAAUUGCCAUUUAGCUCCAAGCUGAAAAGAAUGAGUACCGUAAUUCCGAACCCAGAUGGUGACACCAAAUAUCGCCUGUUCACUAAGGGUGCCUCUGAAAUUGUUCUCAAACUUUGCUCUCGGUACAUGAAAACCGAUGGAACCAUUGAAGAAAUGAAUAGAGACAAGGAGGAUGAAAUGAUGAGAUACAUUGAGGAGAUGGCCAAUCAAGGACUCAGAACUAUUUGCCUUGCAUACAGAGAUGUAAAUCCUGAUCGCGAAUUCGCAUCACGUCAUGAAGAAAUGGAUUAUCUCGAAAAUUUGGACCCUGUUACUUUGGAAGAGGAUUUAAUUUGUGUUGGCAUUGUAGGUAUCAAGGAUCCACUUAGACCUGAAGUUCCAGCGGCUAUUGCACAAUGCAAGAAGUCUGGAAUUACCGUUAGAAUGAUUACAGGUGACAAUAUUCUGACAGCCAAAUAUAUUGCAAGAGAAUGCGGAAUUCUUUCCAAGGAUGGUAUUGCUAUUGAAGGACCUGAGUUUAGAAAAAUGACCAAUGACCAAAUUGCUGAAAUUCUUCCCAGACUUCAAGUAAUGGCAAGAAGCUCUCCAACAGACAAGUAUAACCUCGUCAAGUUUUUGAAAAAGGCUGGAAACGUUGUUGCUGUUACAGGAGAUGGUACUAACGAUGCUCCUGCGUUGAAAGAAGCAGAUGUAGGUUUGAGCAUGGGUUUAUCCGGCACUCAAGUAGCCAAAGAGGCUUCCGAUAUUAUUAUUCUUGACGACAAUUUUUCUUCAAUAGUUAAGAGUGUCUUGUGGGGAAGGUCCAUCUUUGAAAAUAUUAGAAAGUUUUUAACAUUCCAGUUGACUGUGAACGUGGUAGCUCUCGUGCUCACUAUUGUUUCUGCCAUUAGCUCAACCUUUGUGAACGAGUCAGGAGGAUUUAAACCACCUUUGAGUCCUGUUCAAAUGUUGUGGAUUAACUUGAUCAUGGACACAUUUGCGGCUCUUGCCUUGGCCACAGAACCUCCAAUCCCAGAGUUAUUGGACAGAAAACCUUACGGAAGAAAAGAAAGUUUAAUUACACCAAGGAUGUGGGUGUUCCUUUUGGGUCAAUCAGUGUUCCAAUUGACUGUGCUCUUCACAUUGUAUUAUGGAGCUACGAGUUUUAGAAAUGGAGCAUUUUCGUUUGCUCGUAACGAUGAUGAGACUAGAACCGUCGUGUUCAAUGCCUUUGUUUUUUGCCAAGUUUUUAACGAGUACAAUGCUAGAAAGAUUAACUUUGAGUAUAACAUUUUCUCGGGUCUAUUCAAAAGCGCUUGGUUCAUUUCCAUCAGUGGUAUCAUUAUUGUAUUGCAAGCUCUCAUUAUUAAUUUUGCAUAUUACGACCCAACCUUAAUUGCAACUGGAAAGAAUGAUGGGCUUCAUGCUUCUCACUUUACUCAAACAAUCCCUCUCAAUUGGUAUCAAUGGAUGUUAACAAUGUCUAUUGGCUUUUUGAGUAUUCCUUAUGGAUUCGUGAUCAGAUUUGUGAGUAGGAUGGUUCUUCGAGUGAUUAGUAAGAAGAACACAAAGAAUAGAAUUGCAGACGAGUUUUCUGAGAGUGCCACCCCAGAAAGUGAAUUGUAG